GAUUUUAGAGCCCAGGAGGCCAGUCUGCCAUUUCCUUUCUGGGAGUGAUUUCCAAAAUGGACCCGACCUGACAGCCUCUUCUGGGGACUGUAUGAACUCAAUAUCACCACUGAUGGCCCCACCACCACAGCUGCAGAGGUGACCAUCUUGGCUAGCCUGGUAGCCAAGGACAAUGGCAGCCUGGCCCUGCGUGGCAAUGCCCACCUCUACCGCUUCCACUGGAUCCACACCCCACUGAGGCUCACUAGCAAGACGGAGAAGGAUCUCAGCUCGACCAUCCGCGUGGUCAGCAGCAUGCCCGGGGACUUCCCGGUUUCCAUCUGGGUGACUGCUGCCGACUGCUGGAUGUGCCAGCCUGUGGCCAGGGGCUCUGUGGUCCUCCCUAUCACAGAGUUCCUUGUGGGGAACCUUGUGGUCACCCAGAAUACCUCCCUGCCCUGGCCCAGCUCCUACCUCACCAAGACUAUCCUUAAAGUCUCUUUCCUCCUCCACGACCCAAGCAACUUCUUCAAGACUGCCUCAUUCCUCUAUAGCUGGGACUUCGGAGAUGGGACCCAGAUGGUGACUGAAGACUCCAUGGUCUAUUAUAACUAUUCCAUCAUUGGAACCUUCACUGUGAAGCUCAAAGUGGUGGCUGAGUGGGAGCAGGCAGAGCCAGGCUCUGCAAAGGGUGUCUUGCAGAAGACGGGUGACUUCUCUGCCUCGCUAAAGCUUCAGGAAACUCUUCGAGGCAUCCAAGUUUUGGGGCCUACCCUAAUUCAGACCUUCCAAAAGAUGACAGUGACCUUGAACUUCUUGGGGAGCCCGCCUCUGACUGUGUGCUGGCGUCUCAAGCCUGAGUGCCUCCCGCUGGAGGAAGGGGAAUGCCAUCCCGUGUCUGUGGCCAGUACAGCUUACAACCUGACCCACAUCUUCAGGGAUCCAGGGGACUACUGCUUUAGCAUCCGGGCGGAGAAUGUCAUCAGCAAGGCACAUCAAUACCACAGGAUCCAAGUGUGGCCCUCCAGCAUCCAGCCCGCUGUCUUUGCCUUCCCAUGUGCCACACUUAUCACUGUGAUGCUGGCCUUCAUCAUGUACAUGACCCUGCGGAAUGCAACUCAGCAGAAGGACAUGGUGGAGAACCCGGAGCCACCCUCUGGGGUCAGGUGCUGCUGCCAGAUGUGCUGUGGGCCCUUCUUGCUGGAGACUCCAUCUGAGUACCUGGAAAUUGUCCGCGAAAACCACGGGCUGCUCCCGCCCCUCUACAAAUCUGUUAAAACUUAUACUGUGUGAGCACUCCAUUCCCCAUAUCAGUGUUAAGUGAUUGCCUACUUAGAGCUUUGGGCAGGGUGGGUGCACCUCUGACCAGGAAGGAUUCAUGUGUGAGGGGUUAUUGACCUGGUUGGUUGGCCACCUGUAUAGUCCAGCCAGUGUCACAAGCCCCUCUGUGUCAUGCCCACAGCCAUUUGCCCAUCUGUAUAGUCCAGCCACUGAAGUAAGCACCUCUCAGUCACUCUUACCCUACCCUCCAUCCUUAAAGAGACUCUGAGCA